GCCGCUCCAGUCUGGCCAUUGCUGACCAUCCAGACAUGAGGCGGGCGGUGAACAACUGAGUCCUCAUAAAAACGGAGCCGAAGAAGAGAAGAAGAUCAACCCCAGCAAGUGAGGGAAGUGGAAAGAAACCUUUGGUUCAGCUCAAAUUCUCAAAAGAAGGCUGUCAACUUUGAUGCUGGGGAAUCAACAAAAACCCUGUACUGUCAAGGGGCCAAAUGGACCAGUGCUCCUAUAAGAAGUAACAAAGAAAGAAAAGCUGUUCUUGCCUUAUCUUGCAUUAGUUUUGUAUUGAUUCUCAGCACUAACAAAAGUAGCACAUGCCACAAUGGCAAAUCGUACAGUUAAGGAUGCAGCGGCCAUACACGGCACCAAUCCUCAGUAUUUGGUAGAAAAAAUUAUAAGAACCCGUAUUUAUGAUUCUAAAUACUGGAAAGAAGAAUGCUUUGCCCUCACAGCCGAGUUGCUGGUAGACAAAGCCAUGAAUUUGCGGUACAUCGGAGGUGUUUACGGUGGUAACAUCAAGCCUUCACCUUUCCUAUGCCUCACCCUCAAAAUGCUGCAAAUUCAACCAGAAAAAGAUAUCAUCAUUGAGUUCAUCAAACAAGAUGAGUUCAAAUAUGUUCGCGCUCUCGGCUGCUUCUACAUGCGUCUUGUACACUCAUCACUGGACUGCUACAAGUACCUCAGCCCGCUGCUCAAUGACUACCGCAAGCUGCGCCUCAUGGACCGAGCAGGCGUCUUCCAUCUCUCACAUAUGGACUCCUUUGUUGACAUUCUCCUGAGGGAGGAUAGGUUUUGUGACAUCAUCAUGCCUAGGAUACAGAAGAGAUGGGUGCAUGAGGCCAACAACGAACUAGAGCCCCGAGUGUCAUUGCUGGAGGAUGACCUCGAUGAUCUUGAGAGCGAGAGCGAAGACGAUGAAGAAACGGCCUUGCCCCCUUCACCACCCCUUCCCCCGUCACCCCACCACAGGAGUGAGCGGGGCCGCCACAUGUCGCCUGGUGGGGGCGUACGUGACAAGCGCAGGGCGUCGCGGUCUCCGUCCCCAGACUCCCACAAGCGCAGGAGGGAGCGAGAGGGACGCUCCACCAGGGACUCCAGGAGACAUCGAGACUCAGGUCGCGGCGAGAGAGACCGCGGCAACCACAACGCAGGCUACCCACCUGAACCCUACCAUGACUACCACCACGGCAACCAGCACGACUUCCACGGCACGUUGGGCACGUCUACAGACUACCAUCACAGGCGUCCUCACCACCACAGCAAUGGGGCCCCGCCUCCAGGUUUCGGUGGCAGCGAUUACCACCACCGCGGUGGUGCGAGUGACUACUACAACCAGCACCACUACCAAGAAGACCACCACAUGCACCAGCGCGCACCGGAGACUCACCAUCAUCGCGACAAGGAGAGGCGGAGGGAGAAGGACCACAAGCAGGACCACAAGCGAGGGAAAGAGGAUACCAGGAGGGGGGAUGAGGGAGGGCGCCGAGGGGAAGACCGUAAGAAAGAGAAGAGGAAGGAGGGGCGGCGACGUGGGGAUGACGGAGGGGGAGGCGGAGGACUACAGGCGGAGAUUGAUGAGGCUAAUGCCCUCAGAGCCCAGCUUGGUCUGCCUCCUCUUAAAUAGAGGGGUUAGGAUGCCAUCUAUUGAAUAGAGGGGUUAUGAUGCCAUCUGUUGAAUAGAGGGGUUACGAUGCCAUCUAUUGAAUAGAAGGGUUACGGUGCCUCUUUCAGUAGUGUGAGUAGUGCAUGCAAGGCAAUGCACGCUGCGUAUCCCUUCAUCCAAUGCAGUCGUCGCGUACUGUCAGCCCCUUGCAGGUAAUGCUGCGUCUCUCGCUAUUUUCUCAUCACGUGGAGUUUUUUUAAUAACUCGUGUAUGAAACGUCAUUCUUGACUCCAUUUUUCUGUCACCAGGUCGCGUUGAGAGAAACCGUGGCAACCACAUAGUGUACCCGUCCUUCCUUGUCUACUAUGGUAGUGCCCCCUUCUAGAAGAACAUUGUUGUCAUUGACCAGUACAAGAAUGACAAUAUUAAAAUUUUAUCCCUUUAGAAGCACUUUAACAAUUCAGGUAGGAAUAAAGUUAUGAGGAAAUAGUUCAGUCGCAAGGGAAUGAGGGCUUCAUGGGUUGAUGGCAAGAUCGGGUGUCAUGCGAUGGCUUGUGUCCGACUGUACCAAGCUAACCUAAAAUAUUUCAUUAUUAACUAUCCAUGCGAUUAAAUAUAAGUGACUAUUUC